ACCUAGCAAAAAUACAUCAAGUGGCCAUGGAAAAUGGAGAGAUCAAGAGUAUCAAACACGGCCACGUAGCUCCACUUCACAGCAACCACAACGCCCAAUCUCUCCCGACCUCUAAUUUUCACUUAUAAACACAGAGAAACUGCCGUCGAUUCUUAGAAUUUCAGAUUCAAUCGAACGAACUAACCGGCGGCGGCGAUGGUGGCGAUUUCUCCGUCCCACGGCGGGUUUCCGUCUCAAUUAAGGCAGGGGUGGAAGACGGUAAGGGGGAGGCCUGAUAGGAGCUCCAAUUUGAGAGUAUUGGCCAAAGCGGCGGAGAAGGGCGAGGAGAGAGAAAGCGGCGGCGGCGGAGGAGAGAAUAAGAAAUCGUUGUUCAGCAGCGUGACGGAGGCGUUGGAUUUCUCGGCGGUGCGAUCGAGUCGCGACGCCGAGCUCCUCGAUGAUGCCCGUCAGGCCACCAAAGCCGGCGGCAGAAUGACCCGGGAACAGUAUGGAGCUUUAAGAAGGAAAAUAGGAGGGACCUACAAGGACUUCUUCAAAUCUUACAUAGAAGUGGAUGGUCAAUAUGUUGAAGAAGGGUGGGUGGACAAGACAUGCAAAGUGUGCAAGAAGGACACAAGGGGAGAAGCAAGACAAGUUGACAAACUUGGAAGAUAUGUACAUGUUGCUUGUUUGGAGAAAUCCAAAUCUUCCUCAGGGAAUUUCUUCUCCAAGCUUUUCUCCAAAUGAAAAACUUAGUUUGAUCACAGAAAUUUGAAUUUGUGUAACGUGUAUUUAGUUCCUCAUACCAAAUAUAUUAUCCAUUUCCUAACAAGUUUUUAAAAUGUGCUAAUGUGGCUUCCAAAUCA